UGUAACGGACACGAGGCUGCUGUGGCUGCUGCCGCUCAUGUGCGUGCGUGUGUGUGUGUGUUUUAUUCGUGUACGUGUGUGUUUUGGAGCUGAUAUUUACACACCGAUUUACCCGGCAGUGUAACGUGUGAAUUAUGAGAUGAAGUUAAUCAUACUGACGUGUUUUCUCCUCGUUGCGUCGGCGAGUCUAGCCGGGUGUGACCAGGAACCUCGGAGGGGCGCGGCGGCGGGAAAGGUCACCGAAACACCAGGUCACGGCCCGUCUUCGACCGAGCGAGACACACCUGGAGAUUUACAGACUCCUGCUUCUGACGACGUGAAGAAAUUGUCGUCGACAUCGAGUCUGGAGGAAGGAGGAGACUUCGAGGCGCUGCUGGAGUCUGCUGCGGCGGAGGCGGAGGUCGACCUGCUGAAGAUCCCCGUCAACGACACGGAAUCGGCGGCUUCAGCGCUCGAGUCCGAAGAUAAGAUAACGGAGCGGCAAGCCUUCGUGAGCGGCCCCAACUUGAACCCCGACCGCCUGGGCUUCGCGUUCCCCCACAUACACCACCAUCUUCCCCCCAUCCAUCACCCUCCCAUACCCCGCCCGCCUCCCAUACCCAAGCGCCGCCCGCCGCCCCUCCCGCCCAUACCCGACCACCACCACGACUUCCCUCCGCCCGACUUCGACUUCGAUCCUCCAGACUUCUUCGAGAACGCCGGACUCCCUCCUCCUGGCGACGAGCCCUUCGGCUUCGGCGCCCCCUUCGAGACGCACGAGCACGAGCACGACCCCUUCUUCAGUCCGCACCUAGACGACGACUUCCCUCCGCACGACGAGCACUUCCCCCACGAUCUGGACCUUCACAGUCCUCACGACGACCACUUCUCGCCUCCACCGCCACCCCCUCCUCCUCCACCUCCCCUCAAGCCCUUCAGCGAGGACCCCAUCGUCUUCCCCAAGAGACCGCCCCCGCACAAGCACCCCCGCCCUGCGAAACACCCCUCAAAGCACCCUCCUCCCCACCACACCCACCACCAUCACCACCACCCACCCCCGCACUUCUCACCCCACCUCAACUUCAUCACGGAGGACUCCAUCUACAGGGACGACGUGCCUUUCAAGGAGACCCACAACGAGAGGGACAGGAUCCACCCGGGACUCACGCCGGCGGGAGUCAAGGGCCUCGAUCCUGCGUUCAUCUCAUUCAUCAAGGAGCAGACGAGACCGUACAUUGACUCGCAAAGUAGAUUUAGGUUCGAGAGGUAAAUGUUUAGUCUUCCAGCCUCCUUUGCGGAAGAUGGAAUCACCGAUAUCAUCUCUUUUAUGAUUAUUUUUUUAUUCAUACGUGUUUCAUUAUCGACCUUCACGUCGUCGUCAUUUAUCAGUGAUAUAAUGAUGUCACCUGUUUAUUGUUUUUAUAAGUUUUUUUGCUUUAAUUAUGUGUUCUAUACGUUCCAUAGCUUAGUUUCUAUGUGUCCUUCAUCAAUGAUACUCAGAGUUUGAGGUGUGAAAGCCAGAUGUUAGAGAAAGCAUUCAAUCUGCAUUUCCCUGAAGAACGUUUUCAAAUGUCUGUACAUUUGAUCUUAUCCCUAAAAUCCAACAGAAAUGUUUAUAUCUGAACGUCUAAGGAAACUAAGCGCUUUGUAGAAUAUGAUUUCAAGAAAUGAACUAAGGUGAAUGAUGUAUGUCUAUCUAU